AUGGGUCGUCUUCACAGCAACGGAAAGGGCAUAUCAGCCUCGGCCAUCCCCUACUCCCGCAACCCGCCUGCGUGGCUCAAGACCACCCCCGAGCAGGUCGUCGAGCAGAUCGGCAAGCUCGCGAAGAAGGGCGCCACUCCCUCCCAGAUCGGUGAGAUCCUCCGUGAUUCUCACGGUAUCGCCCAGGUCAAGGUCGUCACUGGCAACAAGAUUCUCCGAAUUCUCAAGUCUUCCGGCCUCGCUCCUGAGAUCCCCGAGGACCUCUACAUGCUCAUCAAGAAGGCUGUCGCCGUCCGCAAGCACUUGUCGAUCAACCGCAAGGACAGGGACUCCAAGUUCCGUCUGAUUCUCAUCGAGUCCCGUAUCCACCGUCUCUCCCGCUACUACAAGAGUGUCGGUGUCCUUCCCCCUAACUGGAGGUACGAGAGCGCCACUGCCUCCACUCUCGUCGCAUAA